UUGGCAGAUGCGGGGGUCUGGGGACCGUGGUGCUCGGCCCCGCUCGGAGUCGGGGCGCCGGACACCCGCCCCUCGACGAUUGCGCCCCGGGGGCGACGGCAAGGGAGUCCGCCCCCCCGGUUAGUCAGGGUCGCUUCUGAGUCAGGGCGCGCGGUUUGGGCCCCGGCUGCGCCUGAGCGACCCUGUCGGGCGAUCGGGACAUCUUUCGUGCUAGCUGGGCCGUGACUUGAGCUCUCCGAGCCGGUCCUUUUCCCUCUCUCUCCUCUUUUUCUUAGUGGUCCUGUGUUGUUGUUUUUUCCCCCGAUGGUAAGGCUAAACCGUUUUUGGUUCAUUGCAAGGCGCCCAGAAUCUCAGUGUUCAAGUUGGGUAGCCGCAUAUGUUUCUUAAAUAAAUAAAUAAAAAUAAAUAAAUAAACGUUGGAUCUGGUGUGUUUUAGGGGCCUGGGAGCUUUUCUGUCUAACAAGGGCUGUAAAAAUGAAUGAAUAAUGCAAAUAGCAAGUAAUUGGGAAUAUAGAUUCACAUGUUUGGUGGGGAUAAGAUAUUGUUAUCCUGUCCUACUGAAUUUGAUAAGGUAAUCCUUUGACGUACAGAGGUGUGAUGUUCUUCUGGAAGUGAUUCUUCUUUAUAACCUGUAACAAUUGCUCAUAAGGUAGGCAUUCAGCAAGGCCAAGUUUCUCUGCAUUCCUAAGUGUCACCUGCUGUUUUUCCUUUUGUGUAUGCAGCUGUGAAAGCACAGAAGCCUUAUGUUCAGUAAGAUGUGUAGGCUUAGCAUGCCUAUUUUGGAUCUUUGGAGAGUGAUAAAACUGCAAAAGGUUGUGCUCUGAGAAUGGUCUAGUUUGCUGUGAUUUUCAGAGGGGAUAUCUGAGAACUGCAAAUGGGACUGGGGAAACACAGAUGAAUCAAUGCUUAGUUACCCACGUUAAAGGGGUCUUUCUGUUUUAGGAAGAAAAAGCUGUGAAGGUAAGGAAGAAUUGGGAUUGUAGUAGCGGUGCAAAUUUUGGAACUAGGAUAGUGGAGGUGGCCAUCUGAUCUUGCAUUGAAUAGGAUCAGAAGUACAAUGAAAAUGUUAGGCAGUGGUUUGAAAAGCUCUUGUGUAGGUAAUCCCUCUGUCCAUCUCUUCUUUCUCUUUCUCCAGCUCUUCUCAGUCUAAGCCACCGCUGCGCUUACUACAAUGGGGCUCUGUAAAUGCCCCAAGAGGAAGGUCACGAACCUGUUCUGUUUUGAGCAUCGAGUGAACGUCUGUGAGAACUGUAUUGUUGCUAAUCAUGCCAAGUGCAUUGUCCAGUCGUACCUGCAGUGGCUUCAAGACAGUGAUUACAAUCCCAACUGCCGUUUGUGUAAUACUCUUCUUUCCAACAAAGAGACGGUUCGGCUUGUGUGUUAUGAUCUCUUUCACUGGUCCUGCCUCAACGAGAUGGCCAAUCAGCUGCCGCAGAACACGGCCCCCGCUGGCUAUCAGUGCCCCUCUUGCCAGGGGCCGGUCUUCCCUCCCACCAACUUGGUCAGCCCUGUUGCGUCUGUCCUCCGAGAGAAGCUCUCAACCGUCAACUGGGCUCGGGCUGGGCUCAGGCUUCCCCUGAUUGAUGAAGUGGAAGCCGCUCAAGACACAGAUUCUCACCACGCCACUGAGUGCAGUGACUGGUCCAGUUUCACAGUCCUCAACUCAGAAGAAGCUGUCCCACAGGAUUCAGUCUCCUCGUUUGCCUACAGCCCUAGUUGCAAUUUCCAGUCUCUGCAGCAGCAGCAGCAAAACCUGAAGAAUGGUGGGGUUGCAGAACAGCACACGGUUGUCAGCAUGAAUGAUGGGGGUAGAGACCCUGUCACCAUCAAUGCAGCCUCCUCCCCACGGAAAAUUUAUGAUACCCGGGAAGGGGGGUUUGGCAGGGACUCAAGCGCCACCAUUGACUUUGAUGAGGACAAAUAUCGGCGGCGGCCCACGCUGAACUGGCUGGCACAGCUGCUCAAGAACCGCUUUGGUGCCCGAAAGCAGCCACGCUCUUUAAUGCAGAGGUUUGUCAUUUUCCUCCUGAUCGGCGGGAUCGGCUUUCUCACACUUGUCAUCAUCAUGAUGAAGCUGGGGCGGGCCUCGGCCGACAACGACCCCAGUCUGGACCCCAAGUUCAACCCACAUAUCCGAGUGGGACAGUAAUGAGCAAGGCCAGCCUGUCCUUUGUCACGUGGCCCCAUACCCCAUUCUCGGCUCUUCCUCUCCGCAGUUCCUUGGCAAAAUUGGACCCGAGAGGGAGACCUGGGGUUGCAACUGCUGGGUGUCAGUGAGUUUCCCAGCCUGGAUGAACAAGGCUGUUGGGACACCUUCAAAGCUUGGAUGAAGGUAUGCUGGUUAAAAGAUGGCCCUCCAUCUCAUUCUCCUCCUCCUCUGUUCUGCCAAUCAGGUGGGAGUUGAAAAAUAAUGCCUUUUGUUGCCCCAAAGGGCAGUUUUAUUCAGAAAUGCCAGGCGGGCAGUUGAGGGGCAGAAUUAAACUGGCAACUUUAAAGAGAAAAAUUGCCCCCCCUCUAUUUGUCUUCUCUUGCUGCUACUCAAUAAGUUUGUGGGCAAAAGAAGUCCUUGUCUCUUAUCACAACCCAUCUAUCACUGCAGCCUUGCAGAGGAGAUGUCCUGUGGGGCUUUCCCUGGGGCUAGUGGUUUCUCCAUUGCUCUGUUUUCAUUCUUGGAUGGAUGUUUGAGACUGUAAUGAUCUACUGGGAGUCAGGUGCCUGUUUUGCUCGGUCCAUUGCCACCCAACCUGUAAAAAUUUUUAUAAAAGAGUGGGGCCAAGUUUACGGAUUUCUAGUUCAAGUAAUAGGGCCUCUGACCCUAAAUCUAUUUUGAUGCUUGUGCACAGCCGCCUUUGGUUGCAAGAAUACCAGAGCUUCACCCCCAAAAGGGAGCUUUGUCUAAGCUGGAGCAAGACCUGCCCACACCCCUCCUCAGUACUUUUCUUUCACACCCCUACAUUCCAGCCUAUCUCUGCUGCUUUGUCUGCACAAGGCAGCUGGGGCAUGGGGGGAGGAAACAGGCUUCUUCCCCCUUUCUCUGUAAUCGGAAAGAAAUGGGAAGGACGACAGCUGUCCGUCUUUGAGAUCCCCGUGACAGGUGUCUUCUAGGCGUUGGUGCUUGGGGCCCAUUUUGUAGGACCAAAUGCUGGAACCACAGUGCUUCUCUUGGUGGUGAUUUGAUUGGCAGAUGGUCCAGCUGCUCUGGCCAUGAGAGGUGGAUGGUUCCUCAGCGCUUAGGUUUUGCAGUGCUUUACUCAAUAGGCCAGACGCUUCACAUCAAAAAUGAAGGCCUGAGCAGACCCAUGUCCUUGUGCCCCACUCUUCCUGGUGGUCCUCUUGGUUCUAGAGAGCCCUCUGCCUUCCAGGUUCACCUUCAGCAACAUUCCCCACCCCCAGAUUCAAACAGUUUCUUGGGAGGGGUGGCAGCAACCAUGUCUUCUCCAGAACCACCUUACUUGCAGAUCUGUUAAGUCAAUAGCUUCACUAAAAGUGGCAGCCCCAAUCGGUUUGAAGGGCAUCUGGUGAAAAAAAAGGCUUCUCUCGUCCCUGAUCUUCAAUCAAGAAGGAUGAGGCAAGGCACCUCUUCCCACAAUCCUUUGCAGGAGCCUGUGUUUGGGAAGGAUUGGGCUGGUGAAACUCUGGUAAAUGACCUGUGAGGUUUAUGUCCUCCACGUGCUUUGGAUGUAGGAAUGGUGAGUGUGCAAAGCUCUGGCACAUUGAAGCAAUAGAGAUAUUUGUUAAUAUUCUAUUAAACUCUCUUGGCUGAUC